AUGUUACGACCGAAUCCACAUGAUCUCAGCUUGCUGAUCAACCUGACCUCCUUUUCCUUGCCUUCCUUCUCCAUCCCGCCGAAGGCCCUUCCAGCUGGUACAUAUUCCAGUUCGCGUCGUAUCUGGUCGGAAUUGCAGAUUCGAAAGGUGGUGAUACGCGAAGUGCCGAAUUUGGUUAAGUCCGAUGAACUUGUUGAUAAGAUUGCGGACGUUCUGUCGCAGAUGUUACAGCAAACGGAUGAGCCAAAGGAAAUCGUCAUGCUCACAUCUGUGCUCAUUCAGUUCUUGAAAACACAUCCAAAAGACGUGCUUUCGGCGGUAUUCCUGAAUAUAAUAAAAUCGGAUGAGGAAGCUGUGCGUCUGCGCUUAUUGAAAUUUAUAAAAGAACAAAUGCAGCAUAUUCCAGUUAUGAGGGAUGUUACGGCUACAGAGUUUGAUUUGUUGUUUGAUCUCAUGUUUUCUCUUUCAUAUUUCCAAACCUUGAAUGGGCGAGUGAUGCUGUACCAGAUUAUUGUCGACCAGCUACGUAUUGAUGAGCCAUUUCCAGCUAACGAUCCUCAGCGUCUUGAUCAAAUAUUAUAUCUUGUGGAACGGACACGGUCUUUGAUGUCCGUAAACUGUCGAAGCACUGUACUCGUGGAAUUUAUGAUUUCCAAAGGCAUUCCUGUUAUCGAAAAAGUGAAUCCAGCACUACGAGUGCGAUUUUUGCGUGCUCUCGUCAGUCUUGCGCCUUUCACAAAAACGCUGGAGCGCAAAACUAUAACGAUUCUCUUUGAAUAUCUCAUGCGAGGCAGUUCCACCAGCGACGAUAUGAGCGCGGUUUUGGAGCAAGAAUUACACCUCGACGAGCUUGAAUCAACUACUUUCGCUUUUGUAUCGUUUUGUAAGUCCGACAGGACAGCAUUUGAAUAUCUGAUGGAACAUCACAACAAUAAUUGGCAGGCAAGGAUUAUUUACCUGGCACGCCUUCUGCAGCGUUACAUUGUAAAGACCAGUGCUGAUUUACAAGACAUUAUCAAAUCGUCCUCCGCCGUUCAGAAUAAAACGGAGUGUUUGGUCACAGUGGCAUCCGGUGCGACACGGGUCAUUUCAACAGGCGCUGAAGAGCAGUUUAUCACGAGUGCACGUUUCUACUUUUGCGCGGAUCUCCUGCAGUGUAAAUUGCUGGGCAGAGUGUCUGGGAAUGGCCUCAGAGCUUCUGAGUAG